AUGAGUAAAAAGAUAAGCUAUGCAGAUAUUACAAAUUCUAAUUAAAAUCUAUAGCUUUAGAAACCUCUAGUCAAACAAUUUAGACCCUCAAAAUUUUUGAAUGAUCUUGAUAGUGUGCCAGCUAACUUUUUUUAAGAAAAAGGAUACUAGGAUAUUUAUGUUGAUUACCUAUAUCCAUAAACAGCCAGAAGGAGAAUUGCUAUUGGAAAUGAUAAAUAAAUAACAAAAAGUGAAUGCCACUUGCCAAGUCUGUAAAACUCUUCAAUUCAUAAAAAUCAUUUCUCUUCUCCCAAAAAUACAAAAGAAGACCUAAGAAAAUCAGAAAUCCUAAGAACUGAUGAGUAACAGAAUACAGAUAUAGAAACCAUUAGUAGAAAAAUAAAAUAAAUAAUAAAUAGCAAUAAGAGACAAGUAACAUUUCAAUCAUCGUUAAUCGUAAUUGAUGAAUAAAAUCAAAUUACAAAAAUCUAAGACCCAUAAUUAUUUAAUGACCAAUAGAAAAGAAGAAAAACAACAUUCAGAUAGAAAACAAUAGCUGUUUGA